UCGGCGGGAGACACGGGGGCGGGAUAGGUUUAGUCCAGCGGUGCUCGAGCUGGAGUUCGUUUGUUUGCCCGCGCGCGUCCGCACGAUCGAGAGGCAUCGAGAGAAAGGGUUUUAAACGUGGUUGGCGUGAGACUGAUUCCUUAGACAUGAAGGCACCUAAUAUGACAAACAUGACGUCAGGCUCAGGAGCACAGGACGUUAUUGUAUCCAAUGGGCAUACUGAAAAUGAGCCAAAUCCUUUUGCUGAGUACAUGUGGAUGGAACAUGAGGAAGAAUACAACAGACAGGUAGAGGAGGAAUUAUGGGAGGAAGAAUUCUUGGAGCGUUGUUUUCAGGAGAUGCUGGAUGAAGAGGACCAGGAAUGGUUCAUUCCAGAGCGAGAUUUGCCAGGCAUCAACCAGAUGCAACAACAAAUGAAUGGACUUUCCAUAAAUGAUAGCAGCAAGACAGAGGACCUUGUGAGUAAAAGUACUCUGAAUCCUGACGCCAAGGAAUUUGUUCCUGGAGUGAAGUACUGAAAUUUUGAGAGUCUUGUAGGCUGCCCUCUACUGGAGGAAGCAAAAAAAUACAAUUUCUGAACACUGUGAAGCGAGUCACUUUUUAGGAUGGCCAAUUGGUUAUAGAUGCUAUUGGAUUACCCACCCUCUCCCUUUCCCUAUGCCGAAACUUGUUUAGAUUGAAUGCUCUUUUUUUUUAAGCUUCAUUGCAAAAAUAACUUGGUCCUUUCACAAUUUCUGGUAUGUGCAAGGGUUCGGCUGUUGUAUAGUAUUCCAUUUGCCACGUAUCACAAUGGGUCUGCUAUUUAAAACAACUGGUCUCAUGGUUCGGCAGGUGAGGAAGGAGAUGAAUUGCCAGAAACUUGUUAAGUUUAGGGACCUUUUGCAUGUCUUGAAAGAUGGAUUUAAGGUGACAGUGCCCCUUUUUUUUAAAUAAACAAGUUAUGAAUUGGUGUAAGCAAAACAACAGAAGCACUUUGCCAAAAAAAAAGAUUCUAUAAGAAUUGAAAAAUUACAAACUGCUGGAACCCAACAUGCACUGCUUUGGCUCUUUUACUGCCUGAUUAUAAAUGUCCUUUUCUUCCAAAUACAUGAGCCUUAUAAAGGUGGGGUGGGGGGUUGGGGGAUGGAUAUAAAAUAAGUAUAACAGUAUUACCACUACCAUUGCAGGUAGUUAGUUUUAUUGUCUACAAGAUUAUCCUAAAAUAACACUACCAGUAAAGGGAAUGCUCUGGAGGCUAAAUGUGUUACAAUGCAUAUUAUGAUAUUUUGUUUAGAAACUAUAUGCAUCUUCCUUGGUUUUUUUUUGAAGUGCAGCCCAAACAGGCUUAAAGAAGGGAUUUUUUUUGUCUGGAAUGGGAUUGUAUGGGGAAAUGCUUCACUGCUGAGAAAAAAAUUUGGGUUGCACUUUACAAAAUUGUAUAAUGGGGUAGGGUCUGUUUGGGGUGGGAGUCAGGACAAAAGGAUUGCUCACGGUAAAGAGUGCACUAAUGCUCAGCCAAGAGCAUUUUUGACCAGCAAGCACCUAACAUGGUGAUCCAGUUCAUUUCAGUUUUCAUCAAAAGGUCAUUGCUUGUGCCUGCCUUGAUGGUGAACAUGGCACCACUGUUUGUCUGUCUUGUUCUCUCUUGUGUGUUUUGCUUUCUCAUGCUUGUUCUCGCUCACUCACUAUCUCUUUCUCUCUGUCCAUCCCUGGGAAGAUGAUGGUGCUCCUUUCAAGAGUUAGAUUUCUUUUUCUCUUUUGGUCUCAAUGCAAGUGAGUGCAACAGAAAAAUUUACUGGAAAAUAGACUUUUAUUUAAAAAACCAAUAAGGUACUAGGCCACUCUUCAGCUUUUAUCAGUAUGAUGUAAGGAAGUUUAAGGGUUGAACGUGGUUUUUAAAAAGAUCAUGAAUAUAUUCUUUGUGUAGUGGAGAUGUGCAAGUUCUAGACCUGGUGGUAUAAAGGUGGUUUGCAGGUACUCUGAUUGAAGUAGGGAUGCCAAUAUUAUUGUUACACAUUGUGCUUUGGUGGGAGGGAAUGGAAUGUAGCUUACUUUAUUAAUUAAAUUCAUUCAAAAUCGCUGGUGUUCCUUCACAGGCACAAAAACAGUUAUGGUGAGAGGAACAAUGGAGGUACAGUUUACAAUUUGAAAACCUUCUGUGAUGCCCAUUUUCCUUUGUCAAUGUUCCAUAUUAAUCCAGUCCAACAUCACUUGUGGGAUGGUGGGCAGCCUUGGUGCUUUGGUUAUGACCUUUUCUGUGCGAAAUGAAAUUGGGUUCAAUGGUAUUGUAGUUUACUACUCAAUGGGCAGGGUUUUUUCUUUGUGGAUCCAACUUCACUGUUGCUAACUCUUUCCCUUGGUUUCAAGUAUUGGAGUUGCAGUAUUUCUUCCCAAGUUUCAUGUCAGUUUAUAUUGUUACUAAUAAUAUAAUUAUAGUUUUCCCAUUUUAAAACACUUUCUCUGUGAUAUAAUGUACCAAUUCCCUGCCACAACCAGUUAUUACCAUAGGCUUUAUCAGUUCCUUUUUCUGCAGCUGAAAUGUGCUGAGAGGAACUCUGAUAUCUAGGAUGCAAUCGCUAUGAGAAAUACUUUGGCAAUUAGCAUGAUAAUUGACUGCACACUAACGGUCUUUUAUUCACUCUCCUCCACCACCCACUCUGGUUCCGAAUUUGCAGCAAUGGUAGAAAUUUCAGCACAGCACUUUAAUAAAUGAGGAUUUUUUUUAAAGAUAUUGUUAUUACAGUAUAUCAAGUUGUAACAUAUUGAAUCCAUUUUUAACUCCUUGACUCCCAUAUUAAACAGUGCUUCAGUAGUAUCUUUAAUAUCAAUGUCUUCUGUACAUCAAAGCCCUUGCUGAAAUGCUUUAAUUUUACAAACUGGGUGGAUGGUAAUUUGGAUAACCAAUCAUUGGCCCUUAAAGAUGGAAAUAAUAUUUGUGUCCCUAUUUUGACGUGAUAUGUUUUCCCCUUGCUGUCCUACCACACUAGGCCUGUUCUUUAACGUUCAUAUUAUAUUAGUGCUUGAAGAAACUCCCAUUCCACUCCAGUGUUGGGCAUUUCUUGCUCAUUUAUAAUGUAGCUGCAUCACACCUUCAUGCAAGCAACACUCACCACUGCUCUGGACCUUUCCGCUGAGUGAAGUUGCCAGUUACUGUUGAAUAGUGGUCACUUUUGUGUGCUCAAAUGAGUUUCUGGUAAGCACAAACCUUGUUUAGUACCUUUUUUCUGGAAAACACACUUCAGUCCUUCAAUCUGGAUGAUUGGCAGCCAUGUCAUUGGAGUAAAGGUUGAGUUUUAGUCACAUUGGUGGCCCAGUGAAUAAAGUAAUUGCCCAGAGGCCCUGAAUUUGUUUUUGGUGAUUGCCAAAUUAACACAUCUCUGCAGUGGAUGUGUUACUACCUCACCAUGCAUUCUUAGACAAAGGAAGAAAUAUUAUGAAUAUGCCAUCCAGUUCCUUAUCUUGUCUGGUCUUGAUGGAAGUGUUCAUGUACGAAGCUUGGUUGGAUUCAGUAUUUCUGACCUGCAGUUUAGUAGACAGUUUUUAUUUGGUUGGUUAUCUUUUAUGAAAAUGGUCAUAUUUGAAUUAAGUGUAGAUAAUGCGAACAGACAAUAUUCAAGAAUUAAUUGAAGAUUAAAAAUGGUAGGGUGUUCAGGAGAGGAAUGUACUGGUACAGCAACCAUCCCUCAGAUGAAAUAUCCACCUUGUUAUUAUCUUGUCUUUUUAAAGCAAACCUUGGUUUAAAUGUUGGUUUUUACUUCUCUUUGCUGGAGCUGUUCAUUUUAGUCGUCAACUCUAUAUACAUUGCUCAUCAAUUCUGUUUAUUUUCAAUUUUCCCAUCUGUCAAAAAAGAGGAAAGUGGGUGUUGCUAAUAUCUGCCCAGUUAUACAUAUUUCCAAUCAUAAAUUUUCAGGGGUAAUAAUUCAGCUUAAUGCAUGAAUUUCAGUGGAUUAGGACAGUUACUGUUGCUUAACUCAGAUGUCAUCCAUAGGGAAAUGGAGAACAAGUAACCUGUUUAAUACACCCUUGUGUUAAAUAAGUUCUUGGGUUUAAGAAAAAAAUGUGCAGCAACCAUCCUUUCUCUUACCAAUCCCCAGCCCCUGCCAUCUUGAAUCCUUAAUUGGAAGGCUGCCCAUUAAAAAUGAUCCUAAAUUUAGUUCCUCCUGACGUAAUGCUAACUGGGACUUGUCAGAUUGAGUUGAAUGGAGCAAAUCUACAGAGGAACAUGGGUAUCACUUUUCAAUAAAAUAGGAUUCAAUUAUCUUUUCUAGAUCUGUUUGCCAUUAAAAAUGUUUUAUAAAAAUUUCUAGCAGUCACCCAAAAAUAUUGUUAAUGCCUGCACAGACUAACUUUAUUUUUGAAUAUAUUAGAUCUGUUGAAGCUUUAUUAAGAAAAUUGGCAGGCGUUUCUCCCUUUUAGCCACAUUCUGUAAAUCUGCCAACAUCUGAGGAGCAAUAAGAUACUGCUCAAGAAAAGUCAGUUUUGUAUCUCGUAUCACCUGCACUGAGUUUCUAAAUUGAUUGCACCACUUGACGACCUGAUCCUUUUGAGAAUUGUGGAACUUUGCUGUAUUGUAUCCAUGAGUUUUAAUAUUGUUCCUUUUGUGAUUUUUGCCCAUGCAAACAAACAGGCUCUCCAGUCAGAGAACAUUCUGUCCUAUCCUGCACUUGGCCUUGCAUUUUCUUUGCAAAUUUGGAGGAAAAAGGGGUUUUUUGUGUCUUUUUAAAAUUUAUGUUACAAGUUACCUGAGCUUUUAACCAGAUUUGUUUCAACUUCAUAAACAAUUUUAUAGAUGAUAGCAUUCUUUUCUCCUAUUCUGUGCAUACUUUAUGUAUAUUACCUUUGACUUUUAUUUACUGCCUGUAUGUACAACAGUGAUAACCAUUUGCCUGAAGGGUGAGUUGGUGCUUUAGAACAGGUCAGCAUGUGGCAGAGAGCUAACAUUGAGUCGCACAAGGGUUAUGCAUACCCAGUUUUAUUUCCUAAUUUAAAACUGUUAAUACCAGCUGUUUUACGUCCUGCCAGUAUUCCAUGCAUUCAAGAUAUGCAUGCAAUAAUUCAGCAUUUCUCAUUAAGGUACACCUACAUAUAGGCAUAUGAAAAGAAUACUAGAACACAAGACUGCUGGACUAGUGUAGAUGGUUUAAAAGGACUGGGACUCUUGGUACCUUUGGAUUCACAUUUCAAAAUUUAUAACUGGAGUAAUUGGCACUGGUGCUGGAAUUCUGGACCCUUUUACCUGUUGUGUUAGCUUAAUAACUAAAUUAACCUUUAAAAUUGCUAUUUACUUGGGUCAAUGGAUACUUAAGACAUUUAGAGGGGGCUUUUUUUUUUCAUUCGUUUCAAUGCUUGAGGACCACAUUUAGAAAACCUCUGCGCGUGGAAAUUAAAUAUGUUUCUGACAUUACCACAGAAAGUAUACAUCAACAAAUGCUUUCUAGCACUUUGGCAAGUCAUGAGGUUGUGAAAGGCACUAAAGAAGUGCAAGUUUUUCUCUCGUGAAAAUGAUUACAAGUCAAUCAUGGCCAAAAAUAGGGAGGGGGGAAGUGAAGUAUCAUCCUGUUAAAGCAGUGUGUUAAGCUUAUGAAACCAAAAUAUUUAAGUUUUAAAAGAAAACCUCAGUUGAACAUAGGAACAUAUUGUGUCUGAUUUACUUGGCUGAUUGGCUGUGUUUUUUUUGGAAAGAUCUAGCACCAACACUAUGCAUAUGGGGGCAGGGCAAUAUCCUGAUUAGUUUGCUUACAAACCUCAUUUUGCUUGUGCUGAAGCUCAAAAUCCUCUAGUGUCCAUUACAAAUCAGUUUCGAUGAUAAUAAUUAAGAUGGCAUUUGGUGGAUUGAACCUUAAUUCUGUUGGUUUAGGUGCAAUUCAGAUCAUACUCUCCUUAUGGCUCCUGGGCACCUACCAAUGCCACUCCCUAACCAAUUUCUAAGUGGUGAACUGCGGGACCUUGUAACUCAACUCUCCACGUCCCAUUUCACUGGGAAUUAUCUAGGAUCUAUUUUAGCAAGAAAUAACCUUCAGCCCUGCCCCUCACUCCCCAAAUAGCCUUUAAAUUGCCGCUGUGUAUUAUUGGUAGUGGAUACUUGGCCCAUAAAUUUCAGUUACACAGUAUCAUUGUUGCUGUUUUGCUGCCUGGUAAAUAAUGGGUUGGGUCACUCCUGCGGUCAAGUCUGUUUAAACCACAGUUGCCAGUACAGUUCUGUAUUAAUACCAUUUCUGUAUUAAAAAAAAUUGAGUUCUCAGCAUUUUGUCGAGACGAGGGUAUUAUCCGAAUGUGUUUGCGGAUGUAUCGCCUUUGUUUAUUGUUAAUUAUCUGACACAAGUGUGGAAUAAACUUUGUAAUUUACAA